UAAAGGCGGAGGGACGCGGCCGCUCGCAGCGCAUCUCCAGGCCGAAGGAGCUCCAAAGUGAAGCGGGAGAAGAAACGUCGUGCUUAAGACAAGUGGAAGACCGUCAAAUCUGGCGUCUAAAUAAAGAGAUAAACGGCAAAACUGAAAACUUGCUAGCGUGGAAUAUUCAUAUUCGUAAAAACCAGAAACGGGAGAAUGCGAUCUCUACUGUUUGUCGUUUUCUUCCUCGGAACUUUUUGGAUGGCGCGGUCCUCCUGUCCGCUGGAAUGCGCGUGUCCUCGUGAGGCUCCCAGGUGCGCGCCGGGCGCGAGUCUCGUGCUGGAUGCGUGCGGCUGCUGCGCGGUGUGCGCGAGACAGCUGAACGAAGACUGCAGCAGGUGGGAGCCGUGCGACCGCGCCAAGGGGCUCGAGUGCAACUUCGGCGCCAGCGUCGGGGAGACACGAGGAAUAUGCCGAGCUAAGUGGGAGGGGAGACCCUGUGAAUACAACAGCAAGAUCUACCAGAAUGGCGAGAGCUUCCAGCCCAACUGCAAACAUCAGUGCACUUGCAUGGACGGCGCAGUGGGCUGUGUUCCACUGUGCCCCCAGGAGCUGUCCCUGCCCAACCUGGGCUGUGCUAACCCACGACUUGUGAAGGUCACCGAUGAAUGCUGUGAGGAGUGGGUUUGUGAUGAAAGCAGGGAGACUGACCACACUCAGCAGCUUUUCAGCAAACAGAGAGGCACAGAGGAGUCAGAGAGUGACCUCACCAACAGAAAUGAACUCAUUACUGUGUUCAAGGGAGGACUCAAAUCACUAGCUGCUUUAAGGGUCCUGCCUGAGAACUACCUGACUGACAGCCAGAAAUGUAUAAUUCAAACCACAGACUGGUCACAGUGCUCCAAAACCUGUGGUACAGGCAUCUCCAGCAGAGUGACCAACAACAACAGGGAAUGCAGACUGGUUAAGAAGACGCGAAUCUGCGAAGUGCGACCAUGCAGCCACUCUUCCUUCUCUAAGUUGAAGAAGGGAAAGAAAUGCAGCCGGAUCCAGAAAUCAAGCCAGGAAGUGAAGUUCACCUAUGCGGGUUGCUCCAGCCUAAAGAAGUACCGACCCAAGUACUGUGGAUCUUGUAUCGAUGGCCGUUGCUGCAGUCCACAGCUGACCAGAACAAUCCCAGUGAAGUUUCGUUGCGAAACUGGCGAGACUUUCUACAAGAACGUCAUGAUGAUUGAAUCUUGCAAGUGCAACUUCAACUGUCCCCAUAACAAUGACCCUUCUUACCCCUUCUACAGACUAGUCAAUGACAUCUACAAGGUCAGAGAGUAAGUCAAGUGAAAUCACUGCAACCAUCAUCAAUGACAAAAGAGUCCUUAGAACCUGAGAGGGUACUUGUAUUUGUCUGCAAUCUCUUCUUUCAUCGGAAUUAUCGAUUUUAACAUGACAAGGACUAAAUGGAGUGCACUAUGAGGCUGAAAGCUAUGCCAGCUUUUUCUUAUUCUCAGAACUCGCUUCAUAAAAUUGAAGCAUUUAAAGUAGCUUCAUUGUGGAGCAAUUUGUAAUUAGACUUGCAAAAUGAAGUUCUGAGGUAUUUGUGUAUUUUGAAUCUGAGGUAUUAUGUGUAUUUUGAAUGACAAACACAAGAAUGUAGCUCAAACUGUAGACUUGUAUAUAUGUAUUUACAUACACAUUUGUUAUUUAAAAGUUUGUUCUAUGUUUUGUAACGCAAGAGACACCACAUUGUCCUUGUUCAAUUACUCUGUGGUCACAUGUGGAUAAAGUGUUGACAUUUUCUGGCAGCUAUCAAAUUACCCGCCCAUUAGAGCAUUGAAGAGGAAGUGUGUGAAAUCUGAAUGUUUUAAUCGUUAUUUAUCAAAAUGUAGCUAUUUUAUUGGAAUCUUAAAUGUAAUAUUGGAUUAAAUUGUACAAAAUGUUAUUAAAGAUUUAUUUAUG